UGCGCCGUUGCAGAAAGCGGACGAGAGGAAGUGCUUGCUCCUUCAUUAAUAUUACGCAGAAAAGCCAGACAGUCCACCGCGAUGUCCGCAGCAGCGACGGCUCCCCGGUGGCUCCGCAGGGCGUCCGCCGUCGAGGAGUACUUCGAAGAGGGACACAAGAAGAAGCUCAACAUCGUCAACUACACCAUCACCCUCAGCUCGACAUCUGAGCGUCUGCCGGAGAUCAUGCAGGAGGCCCUUGUACUGCUCUAUAGGAAAGUGCCUGUGCUGCGGGUCUGCUUCGGCUUGCGCGACGGCCAGCUCUGGCUGCGAGAGAUGGACGAGUGUAGAGUGGAAUUUGAGGUGCAGGAGGCCGGCGCGUGGGAGAAGCAGCGGGAGGAGACCAUGCGGCGCUUCGACAAGGAGCGUGGCCCGCUGUGGCGAGUGAAGCUCUUGACGGAGGGCGCGGCGCUGCAUCUCCGGCCGCUGGACGACUUGCCGCAGCCGUUCAAACACGACUACUCCGUCCUGUUCUGCGUCCACCAUGGCAUCGCGGACGGCAUGACCACCACGAGAAUCUGCGGUUUCCUCCGGGCGAUUCUAGACGACCUCUUGUCGGGUCGCCCCGUCGACGCAGCCGAGCAGCUGGGCGAGCACGUUCCGUACGACGCUGCCAUGGCGCUCUACGCUGCGGAGGAGCAGAAGCUGAAAGAGGACCCUGCUCUCCUGGCGAAGGCGAUGAAGGAGUUCGCGGAGGGCGAGAAGACGCGCCCGCUCCUCCUGGACGUCCUGCCGCGACCCCAGGGCGGCGAGGCCACCACCGGCAGCAUCCCAAUGCGCCUCACCGAGGAGGAAACGAAGGCUCUCGUCAGCUGCUGCAAGGCGAAGAAGGUGUCUCUAAACAGCUUCUUCACCAGCGCCAUCAAUGUCGCCCUCAUCGAUUUCCUGCAGGACCUGGGCGUGAGGAAGGACGCGUAUGAGUUCCGCGCGGGACACGACGUCAGCCUGCGCCGCUACUACGAAGGAGACACGUCCCGCACCCUGGGCGUCCACCUGCCCAUCUUCGGCUUCCGCUUCGUGUACGGCGCGACGGCCGAGCUCUACCGGGAGUUCUGGGCGUCGACGCAGGCGUUCCACAAGAGGUUCCAAGGCGCGCUGCGCAAUCGGGAGCCCCUGCGGGCGGUGGUGCUGCGGCAGAAGGACGCCUCCCAGUUCGACGACAUCGAGGGCUUCUACAGCGACCAAGGCGAGCCGAACUACUACUACACGAUCUCCAACCUCGCCGACGUGACGGAGGCGCUGUCGAAGGAGGGCGACAACGUGCAGAUCACGCAGUUGGAACGUUACGUGGCGCUCAGGAACAAAAAGUGCUUCAUGUGCUUCAACAUCCACACGUUCAGGGACCAAGUGACGGUCAACAUGCUCUACUCGACGCACUACUUCAAGGAGGAAUAUGCGCUCCGGCUGGCGGACCUCGUGCACACCAGCAUCCUCACGAAGAUUGUGUUCGACGAGAAACUGCCGUAGGAUCUUGUCUUGUGCAGAGCGAUGUGGAUCUAGCUGUCUCCUUCUCUCUCUCUCUCUCUCUCUCUCUCUCUCUCUCUCUCUCUCUCUCUCUCUCUCUCUCUCUCUC